UCUCUCUCUCCCUCUCCCUCUCUAGGAUCAACCUAGCCAUGAACUGCACACAAGAUUGGCCGGAACCAAUAGUCCGUGUCCAAUCCUUAUCAAACAGUGGCUUGAAAUCAAUCCCCGACCGAUAUAUCAAGCCACCAACCCAGAGGCCAUUGAAAAACUCCAACAACAGCCCAAACAAGAUGAACAUCCCUUUGAUUGAUCUUGGAGGCCUAUUCGCCGACGACUCGACUCUCCGAGCAACUACUCUGAGCCAAAUCUCCGACGCGUGCCGAGAAUGGGGUUUCUUCCAGGUUGUGAACCAUGGGGUGAGGCCUGAGCUCAUGGACUGUGCCCGAAAAGUUUGGCGCCAAUUUUUUCAUCAGCCCAUGGAGGUGAAACAAGCUUAUGCUAAUUCUCCUAAGACUUAUGAAGGGUAUGGUAGCAGAUUGGGUAUCAAAAGUGGUGCCAUUCUUGAUUGGAGUGACUACUACUAUCUUCAUUACCUUCCUGGGUGUUUGAAAGAUCACAAGAAGUGGCCUGCACAUCCAGCUUCUCUCAGGGAAGUGAUUGAUGAAUACUCUAAACAAGUGGUGGAGUUAUGUGGUACUUUAAUGGAGGCUUUAUCAAUCAACGUUGGAUUGGAAAAGGACUAUCUGCAAAGUGCUUUUGGAGGGGACGAUAUUGGAGCCUGUCUAAGAGUGAAUUUCUAUCCAAAGUGUCCACAACCAGAUCUGACCCUUGGUCUAUCCUCUCACUCCGACCCCGGCGGCUUGACUCUCCUCCUCCCGGACGAGCACGUAUCGGGGCUUCAGGUCCGUAAAGACGAGGACUGGAUCACCGUGAAACCGGCUUCUCAUGCUUUCAUCGUCAAUAUUGGCGACCAAAUCCAGGUUCUAACCAAUGCUAUUUACAAGAGCGUCGAGCACCGAGUGAUCGUUAAUUCCGACCAGGAACGCGUUUCUCUUGCUUUCUUCUACAACCCUAAGAGUGAUUUGAGGAUACAACCAUCCAAGGAGCUCGUGACGCCGGAAAAACCAGCCUUGUACCCUUCCAUGACAUUUGAUCAAUACAGACUCUACAUAAGGAUGAAGGGUCCUCAGGGAAAAUCCCAAGUUGAAUCUCUAAAAUCUCCUUGAUUUUUGUGAUAUGGAGUAGUACUAGUUCCUUUUAUGUACAUCAUUGUAAUUUGUCUCCUUAAUGGUCAUUGGAUUUACUUUAAAUCUAAUAAUCAUCGAGGGAUUCGAUUCAUAGAAGCAACACGAUUUGUUUCUUGUCUUUUGUAGUGUUGUGCUGAAGGUCACCCUUCAG